AUGUUUUUCCUCUCAAACCCUCUGUUUUUUUUUUCUGUGGCUUUGUGUGAUGCGCCACAAGCUUGGCAGUUUGGUUUUCAAGACCCCGCAUCGCCAAUUGCCCAAGGUAUUCAAGAUUUACACAACGAUAUUUGUUUUUUCAUGAUUGUUGUUUUAGUUUUUGUCGUGUGGAUGCUUUUACGAACAUUAUGGCAUUUUCACUGGACAAAAAACCCUGUUCCAAGUAAAAUUAUUCAUGGCACUUUUUUAGAAAUUGUGUGGACGAUCACCCCAAGUUUCAUUUUAAUGAUUAUUGCAGUCCCUUCAUUUGCUCUUUUAUAUUCCAUGGAUGAAAUCGUUGACCCUUCGUUAACUUUAAAAGUUAUUGGGCAUCAAUGGUAUUGGACAUAUGAAUAUUCUGACUACAGUUUGUCAGAUGACGGUUCAAUUGUUUUUGAUAGUUAUAUGAUUCCUGAAGAUGAUUUAGAAUUAGGUCAACUUCGUUUACUUGAAGUAGACAACCGUGUCGUUUUACCAGUACACACCCAUAUCCGUAUCAUUAUUACAGCAGCUGAUGUGCUUCAUAGUUGGGCAGUCCCUGCACUUGGUGUAAAAUGUGAUGCCGUGCCGGGUCGUUUAAAUCAAACAUCUGUUUUUUUAAAACGUGAAGGCGUUUUUUACGGGCAAUGUAGUGAAAUUUGUGGAGCAAAUCAUGGAUUUAUGCCAAUUGUUGUGGAAGGGGUACAAUUAGAUGAUUACUUACACUGGGUUUCAAAUAAAUUAGAAGAUAUUUAA